AUAUCUAUUUUAUAUGGAACAUUGUGCUUUGCCUUGUUAUUAAACUUAAAACAUAUUUAUUUAUAUGUUGCACCAGUGUUUAUAGUAUGGUUACUUAGAUCAUAUUGCAUGAACAAUGGCUCAUUUUUUAGACGUUUAUUUAUACUUGGAAGCAUAGUUUUUAUUACUCUGAUAAUUUCAUUUGGUCCAUUUGUUUUGCAAUUACCUCAGGUUAUUUCCAUUCAAAAGAGGUUUAGUACAUGCAUAUUGGGCAGCAAAUGUUUGGGCAUUAUAUAUAGCUAUAGAUAAAAUAAUAUUUUUAAUUUUAAAAAAAUUAAAAUGGCUAAAAAUUACUAGAUCAGCAGUAAUGACAGCUGGUUUAGUUCAAGAACAAUCAUUCUUAGUUUUACCAACUCCUACUCCAAUUGUAACAUUUUUAUUAACCAUUUUCUCAAUGAUACCCUCAUUAUAUUGUUUAUUAUAUAAAAAAGAAUAUUUUACAAAUUCAAGACAGUUUGUACGAUGUUUAGUUCUAUGUGCUUUAAGUUCUUUCAUAUUUGGUUGGCAUGUACAUGAAAAAGCUAUUUUAACUGCUAUCAUACCAAUGUGUGUAUUGGCAACAACAAACAAGAAUGAUGCUAAAAUAUAUUUAAUUCUGAGCAGUGCUGGACAUACUGCUCUUUUACCUCUACUUUAUUUAAAUAAUUUAACUCCAUUAAAAAUUUUGCUACUUUUGGUGUAUGUAAUUGCAAUUUUUUUAGCUUUUUGUCAAAAAUUCAAUUUAGAUUUACUUUAUUCAUAUGAAUAUAUAUAUGUAUUCACUUUACCAAUAUUAACAGUAUAUGAAACAAUAAUACAUAAAAUAAUAUUUGGAGAAGCAUUACCAUUUUUACCUCUAGCACUUACUUCAAUAUAUUGUGCUAUAGGAAUAAUUUAUUCUUGGAUUUUUUAUUAUUAUAUGUUUUUACAAUAUAACAAAAUUUAUGACCAAAAAAAGAAAGUAUAAUAAAAUUUAUAUUUUGCAUAUGACAUA